GUAAUUUCUUUUGUAAAUUUGAUAUGUCCCAGGAUUUGGCAUAGAUGCAUUUUAUUUACUUAAUAUAAAAUCAUAACAAAUGAAUAAUAUUUUUUCCCUUUCAGUCUUUUCGACCCGGAAACCUUGCCUUUUUUCACUCUUAACUUUCCAAACUAAAGUAUAUUUCCAUAAAAUUUAGCUAAAUUAAAUUAAAUUACUCGUAUUAAACAAAUCAACUCAUAAUAAUAUAAUAAUAUUAAAAAAUAAAAAGCUUUACUUUCCUUGUAAAGAAAAUCAGAAAAAUACAACCCCACUCAUUAAAACAUUCUCCCAACUUCUUCACAUCUUCCUCAUCAACUUCAAUAAUAAUCUUCCAACCACCAUUACCAAAACCAAGCUUCCUUCAAUGGCAGAUUGAACCAAAACCUAAAGAUAAGAGAGAAAGUAAAAGAGGAGAGAGAAAGUGAUUACAAUGUGGAGUUCGUAUUUUCGAAGAAGUUUAACAAUGGCGGCGACUCAUCGGAGUCGUCAAACUCUGUACUUUCCGGCGCGUUUUCCGGAGGUUUUUUCGGCGUCGAGAGACGAUAAUCGAGAGGAAAGGCGGUUUAUGGCGACGGCGAGUGGCGGAGCAGAGAGAGAAGCGGCGGUUACGUUGGGAGAAGUGAAGAAAUUGAUGAGAUUAGUGAAUGUUGAAGCGUUGAAGACGAAGCUUGGAGAAGAUGGAAAAGAGGUGAUUGGAUAUUCAGAGCUUUUGAAAACUUGUGAAAGUAUGGGAGUUACGAGAUCUGUUGACGAAGCUGCUGCUUUCGCGAAAGUUCUUGAUGAAGCUGGUGUUGUUCUGCUUUUUCGUCAUAAAGUUUAUCUUCAUCCUGAUAAGGUUGUUGAACUGGUUAGGAGAUCGAUUCCGCUUGCCUUAACUCCAGAAGAUGAUCCAAGGAGGGAAGAGCUGCAGAAGUUGCAAGAAAGGAAGGAAGAGAUUGACAGGAAGGCUCACAGGCAGGUUCGUUUAAUGCUGUGGUCAGGCCUUGGUGUUGCUAUAUUGCAGGUCGGGCUUUUCUUUCGUCUUACUUUCUGGGAAUUCUCGUGGGAUGUGAUGGAGCCAAUCGCAUUCUUUACAACAGCAACCGGCUUAGUGAUCGGUUAUGGCUACUUUAUGAUUACCUCAAAAGAUCCCACGUACCAAGACCUGAUGAAGACACUCUUCCUUUCAAGGCAGCGGAAGCUGUUCAAGAAGUACCAAUUUGAUAUUGACAGAUUUAUUGAGCUGAGAGAUAAGUGCAAAAAUCCUCUCGACAAAAAGCAGAUCAAUGAGAAGUUAGUACUGUAAAGAUUUUUGCUGAAUUCUCAGAUUGAUCAAUAUCUUCUACAGCAGAAGAGGAUUGUGGACAUAUUGAUGCCAAGAUACUUUUUCUCCAAGUAAAGAAGCUCGUAACUAAUAUUGCAAUUCUUAUUUGACCUAUCUAUCAUCCUUGAUAGCAGCUAAUCAUAUUGCGCCAUCAGCAAGAAAGCUAUUGCUCUUCUGUCCUUUUUUUUCCCUUAGGCAAAGGAACGAGCCUCAAAAAAUAUGAAAUGGCUUACCCCGUUGUUCCUAUUGAUAGAGGAGUCUAGUAUCUUUCCUGAAGUGGUGAACACUUGCUAACAUUAACAGAUUUAUCUUCAAUGAAAGCUACCAUUUUGAUAUGAUGUCUGGCUGUUUUUCGAAUGAUCAAUUGCAUCAUGAGUAACAUUUGUUAUCUAAAACAGCUAAAUUCUGAAAGACAAUGAAAUUCUACUUUUUCCGUUUCA